AUGUCGAAUGUUCUGCAACAUCAACAUCAGUCCAGGCCUUCUGCCUAUGAUAUAAUGCAGAACCUCAAAGAAAGGUUUGGGGAUCAAAAUCGUAUUGUUAGGCAGACUGCUAUGAAGGAACUUAUGAAUACUACUAUGAUAGGAGGGACCUUAGUAAGGGAUCAUGUUCUGAAGAUGAUUGGUUUUCUCAAUGAGCUAGAGAUCCUUGGAGAUGAAAUCGAUGGGGAAACCCAGCUCUCUUACUCAUUGGAAGAACUAGUUAAAGAGCUUCAAGUAGCUGAGGGCCUCAUCAGGAAGCCAACUGUUGCUUUUGUGACCGAGAAAGGUUCUUCUUCCAGGCCGAAAGGCCGAAAGAAGCAGACAAAAGUUAAGAAACCACAGGGAGCUCCUCCAGUAGUACGUGGGCCACAGGAGGGAGUGAAAAAACUUAAGGGCAAGUGUUUUCACUAG